AACGUUCAGGCCCGCCGCAUUAGGCAGGAAAGGAAGCCUGAAGGCACCUGUGGCGUGCGAACCGUGUAGCUGGUUGCUUACGUAACACUAAUGAUCGAGAGGAACUCUGUAAUUACUAGCACCCGCCAAGAUCAUACAAAGUCCCUCAACGCAAUUCUAACCACAGGAUACUUUCUUGCCUCUCCCCCCGCCUCCUGCUGUCUGCUCUAUCCUCGCUGACUCUCCCGUCGUCGCCGCCAUGUACCCCAUUGCCGACCUCACUGCGUUCUGUCGACGCACAACGGGAGAUGUACCCCCCAAGCUCGUUGGCGCAUCUACGACUGUAGUGGGCUCCAAGCUGUACCUCUACGGCGGUCGCUUGGUAGCGGAACGCAGAAUGGUCUCGGACAUCUACAUGUUUGACCUGGAUUCGUUCAAGUGGGAGAAGCUUCAGCAGUCUCCCGACGACGAUAUUCCUCAAGCGCGGUAUUUCCACAGUGCCGAUACUUGGAAUAACCACCUUAUCAUAUUCGGUGGAAUGGCCAUCCAGCCACAAUCUGAUAAUCCGGAGGACCUUUGCGUUCUCAAUGAUGUCAGGCUGUUCGACCUCGCCUCGCGCCGAUGGUUGCCUGCAUUUUCCACGUCGGGAGAGUCAUCAACUUCGCUCAUCCCGAAGGCACGCUAUGCGCAUCUGUCAUCUGUUACUGCCAAUCGUUUGUUCGUCAUUGGAGGUCAAGAUUUGAACAACGUUUGGUUGGAUGACAUCCACGUGUAUGACCUAGUAACGAAGCGGUGGGUUCAGAGACGUGAUUAUCCUCGCCACUGUGGUACCUACCGUAGCGUCGCCGUAACCGCAGACAAACGUGUCCGAUUUCCUGAGGAAGAAGGCCGGACUUCCCAGUCUAAGUUAGGUGCGCCUGGUACACGUUUCAGGACUGAUAAGAACGAACCACCCGCGGCCGAUGUCACUUCCCGCGACUCGCUCAUCCAUCUCCCAUACUCGGCGCCGCCCACUGAAGAAUACCCGUGUGAUAUCUAUUUAUUCAGUAAUUACAACUUCACAGACGUACAGCGUGAAUUGGAAGUCUUCUCGCCAUUGCCGGAUGCCGACUUCUCAAUCAGCGACCGUUCAUCUGCCAUGACUGGGACAUCUUUCCCACCAGGUUUGCGUUUCCCCACGGGUGCGAUCCUUGGAACGAACUUUAUCAUAGCCGGCACGUAUCUUUCCCAAUCGUUCCAGUCGUUCUCCGUGUGGACACUUGACCUUAAGUCCAUGGCUUGGUCACGCAUUGACCCCGGAAGUGCUCUUUCUGGCUCUUGGUUCCGAAGCUGUCUCUGGCCAGAGGCGAACAAAUUCCUCAUCUUUGGCAACCGACACGGCAAUCUCGUCGAAGACUACAACAGAAGAUUACUCAGUUGGGAUCAUGUCGCGGUUAUCGACUUGGAGGCAUUUGGCAUCUACCAGCCCCCUCCGCUGUUGCUUGAUAUUCCCAUGCAAGAGAUGGGGCUCGCCGCCUUGGAGGAAGGUGUUCUGGCCGAUUUCGAGAUUAUCUGUGAUGAUGGACGCAAAGUCUUGUGCUCUCGUAAAGUUCUAGAAGAUCGGUGGCCCUGGUUCAAGGAGCAACGCAAAGUCUUUAUCCAAGCUGCUACUCGUGCUUUGGAGACUAUCCCUUCACCGAAUUCAAAUGGCGGACCCCUGCCCGAACUCCCCACAGUGGCCAAUCCGCAAGAGCCUCUUCCAGACCCCAGACUCACACCUCGCUCUUUCCAAUUGUCCGAACCUUAUCCCAUCACUCUGGCUUUCGUUCAGUACCUCUAUUCCAUGGCACUCCUUACUCCCCUACAACAUGCUCCUGCCGUGUUGAGUCAACUUCUUUUGCUCUCAAGCACGUACAACUUGCCCCACCUCCAAUCUCUUGUCACACAUGCCAUGCAUCGCGCGUUAACGUUUGCUACUUCCGUGGGCAUCUACGGUGUCUCGACGUUGUGCAAUUGCCGCAGUUUGCAAAUUCGGGCCCUUCGAGUUGUCAUGGCUUACAGUCAGAAGCGACCUGCAGGUGGAAAGUCCCGAGGUGACAAAGACGGCGACGGUUCCGGAGGGAACGGUCGAUCUUCCAACGGUCCCCCCGGGGAUGGUCCUCGCGGCCCUCGUCCCACUCCUGGUAGUGGAUCCGGUUCAGAUCCCAAACCUCCCGCUGCCGCUCGUCCUCGGGGCCUGUCCGAUGCAUCCUACAUGACUGGUCCCUCUGAUGCAAGUACGAAGAUGAGCGACGAGACUGUGUCAACUCAGUUGUCACAAUUGUCAAUCAACACUAGCGGCCAGUCGUCGCAGACUAGUAUCAACGGCAGUUCGGGUUCAUCUGGAAAGAGUAUCAAGAGCAAGAGCCCGAAGAGUCCAAAGAUCAGGACUGCGAAUGCUAACGAUGAUGAUGAGCCUCCGAUAGAUAUUUCUCCUAUAGACAGGCCUGUUCCAUCCCCAACCUUCUUCUCUGAUUUCGCCGCAUCACACAAGGUACCGAAGUCAAUUCUUAAAAAAACUAGCGGGGAACGUGCUUCUGCACCUCCUACGCCAACUGGAAUUUCAUCUACGUGCACUUUCGAAGAUAUGUCUACCUACAGACGGCGUACGAUUUCUGCUCGUGAUAUUGAUCCAUCCGCGAACAUCACAUAUUUGAAAGAAGGCUUUCCAUCUCGCAGUCCGCAAGCCGCGUCAAAUGAAGCUGAAUCAUCUCUGUCUUUCUUACGUUCUCCCCCUCCUGCUGUUGUAGGCCGACGUCCGUCUACUGCUCCCACACAACCAUCUUUGCCAUCCGUUCCAUUGUUCCUUCAUCGUAAAUUGUCCACCCGUCGCGAAAGACCUGACAGUGUACUUUCGUUGACCACCGAACAGGAGCUUCGAUCGUUCGCCGAGAUCUUGUCUGCCAAUAUCCAGGAUGACGGAUCGGUGGCUGAGCAGCAUGAGAGUUUCGGUGUUCCUCUAGAAGAUGAUGAAGUGGUCAUCGAUGAUAUCCUGUCGUUCCAUGACGUCCUCCAGCGUGUCAGGCCUCAACGAUUCUCUGUCGGUUCGACGACCACAGCAGCAUCGUCCAUUUACCCCGCUUCCCGUUAUACCAGCAGCUCUGCUUCAGACUACGACCAUUCCGACGGAUUAGACACCUACGUCCCACCUAUUCAGACUUCCUUCCCUGCCAAUACCCCCCGUGGUCGUUUCUCCGGGUCAGACUACGAUACCCCAUCUCUUAGAUCUUGCGUCUCCGGGAGUUCGAUGUCGUCUCCCAGUCCUAGUCUCAGUCUCAGUCGACCACCUUCUUUCCAGAUGUAUCAUCUACCUACAUCACCACUGAGCAACACUUCGAUCUCAUCGCUCAUGACACCUGUCGAUCCUAUCUCUGGAGGAAUGCAUGGUCUCGGCAUUAUCGAGGAGCGAAGGAACUCGGAGGAAUUUGACCCAGGUUUCCGCGUCGCACAACAUUCCCCAGACGGAAAGAAGUCUCAAGCCGCUGUAUCCUUCGAACCCGUGCUUUUCGAGGAAGAAGCUAUGGAAGAAGCACCUGGUCAAGGAUGGACUUACGAUGACCCUACCGUCUGGGGAGAUCACGAAAAUGAACUGCCCGAUCUCAGCGAAGUCAAGUCAAUCGCCGAGGUGUCAGUAAACCAGUUACGCUCUGGAUCUCCAGAAACGAUCACUGGACGUCCGCGUGCCUCUUUUCUCACCUCAGAGAGCACUCCGACACUUGGACAACCUUCCUUCUACAAUUCCACUGCUAGCCUCGUCAGUAAAUCUGAAGGUGGAGGGAAUGCAUUUACACGAUUGUUCAAGGGCGGGAAGAGGCAGUCUGGGAGGUCUGUCAGUGCUCCUCAGACUCUCGAGUCGAUCACAAGCCCGAGUUCGUCUUCAAGCGAUGUAAGCUUGAGUAAAUCCGAUGCGAAGAGGAUGAAAAAGGAGUUUGCGAAGGCGAGGCGGGAACGAUUGGCCAUCGACUUGAAGGAGAGGGCCGAGCGACGCGAAGCAGAAGCUAAGGAAGCUAAAAAGCGCCAGAGGGCUCAGAGGGGUCCAACGGAACCUGAUGGGAUGUGGGGCGGUCUACAAGUCAACACUGUGUUGUGAGGAGGUACUGUACAUUCUUUAUGUUUCUGCUUUUAUUGUCAUCAUCUUUCAUGGACUAUUAUCCAUACUGGCCUCGAGGUUCCCUUGCCUGCCGUCCUCUCAUUUUUAAUUCCAUAUACUUACAAUGCUGAUCCAUCUCCACUGUUGUAUAAUCCUGUAUAGAUUCGUAUAUUGUGCUUAUGCCUGUAUGUAUGGAGGAGGGUUCGAUGUUACGUAGUAAAAAUAAAAUCAAAACCCUUAUGUUCUACACAAUAGUGGAGAUUACGGUAAAAAGGUGUUGAAUUCAAAGCGGGAAUGGCCAUGUACAGUACACAGAAGCAAAUGAAUGUGACGACAGGAAAUGAAGAGACAGAAGCAACGUGCAGAAUCAUCCGAAAUCAUAAACCGAUAAUCCAUGCGAGAAUACAGA